AUGCAUACAAGACAUAGCGGACGCUCUUCACCGCUUGCAUUUGAUCCGGAAAUCGAACGAACAGCUCGCUCAAAUCGGGUCGCCAGAAGGAACAUCAACACUAUGAGUGUAGAUAACGUUGUUGUGGAAGAUGUGGUUGAAGGGCAUUAUGAAGAAGCCAACAAUCUUCCGCCACUAGUUCCACCACCAGCUCCUCAAUUCCCAAACAACAACAAUGGGAAUAAUGGGAAUAACAACAAUGCCAGUGCACCAAUCAUCCAACCAGUGCAACCACAACCGAAUAGAAACAACCGUGGCCAAAAUGGUGGAAAUGGAGGAAAUUGGGCACAAAAUAUUGGAGGCAAUGUAGGAAACCAUACUGGUGGUAAUGUUAGAAAUCAUAACCAAAAUCCUAGAAAUGUUGGUCCUCAAUUCGGUAAUGGUGGUAAUGGUGGUAACGAGGAUGACUGGGAUUUUGAUGAUGGAAGUGACAACGGACUUGGUUAG